AUGACUUCUAUCGACGCCUCCACGAAUGGAAGCACUUCGCGUGCUGCGGUACCUGAUAUAUCCGACCCCCAGGCUUGGACGGAGCGCCUCUCAACUUCGUUCUCCGCCAUGGCAAACGAGAUCGCUGCGGCCUCACAGGCGCUCGCGGCGUCCCAGCAGCAGCGGAAAUAUGAUGAUGCGCCGUCGUCAACGACGUCGCUCGAGGUCGACGUUGCAGCGCUCGGCGCGCGCUUAGAGGCUAUCGAGGCGAAGCAGGAAACGCUCAGUCAGGAACUCGAGGGGCUGAAAGAGAUUAUCGGACAGAAGCCGGAAGAGGGAAGCCCAGAGGCGAGGAUGGAGGCACUCGAGAAAAAGCUCAACGAGUUAGCGGACACUGUCAAAUUAGAUCAACAGCGGCUGUACGCCCGGCUAUGUAACGCCAGCAUCCGACAUCAGACGGCGACCGUGAAAGCGCCCCCUACUGCGAACGGCAAACCGGCGCCCAAUUUCCCCGGUACGAAAGGGGAGUUUGAACAUCUCACCAAGGAACGAUACGAAGGCUUGAUGAAGGCGUUUGGUAUCCCUAUCAAGGGAGAUACAGACGCGAAGAGGGAGGCGGUGAGAGAGUUCUUGGGGCUACCUGGAUGGCUCGGCGCGAAAGCAAACAACUGAGUGGGCUUGUAUUGGACUAUUUGUGUGUCUAUCUAUCUUAUCUCUCUGUCUGCGAGCCAUUCUCUC